UCUUACUCUUGCUUAGUGUAACUUGCACAUGUCUCUUAAGCUGGGUCUGAGUGUGGUAGGAGCUGUGCUUGGAUCUUUCCAAUUCGGGUUCAACACUGGCGUCAUAAAUGCUCCUGAGGAGAGUAUAAAAGAGUUCCUCAAUGAAACAGAGUACCACCGGACGUCGCAUCACAUGUCCAAGGAAAAAACCACCAACCUGUUUGCUGUUAUUGUGUCAAUGUUUGCUGCAGGGGGCUGCCUCGGAGGCAUAUUGGCAGGAUGGUGGGCAGAGAAGUUUGGAAGAAAGAUGGGUUUGAUGCUGAAUGUAGUUCCAGGAAUCAUUGGAGCAGUUCUCAUGUACUUCAGUGUGUUGGCAGAAUCCUACGAGAUGAUAAUUGUGGGAAGACUUAUCAUAGGCUUUAAUUGUGGACUCUACACUGGUCUGACCCCACUAUACCUCUCAGAAAUAUCCACACCAAGCAUCAGGGGAGCCCUGGGAGUGUUACACCAGCUGGGAGUCACAUUUGGAAUCCUUGUCUCACAGAUAUUGGGCUUUCCAGAAGUGCUGGGCAAUGCUGACCUCUGGAACUUACUUCUAGGGCUAGCCAUAUUUCCUUGUCUGUUUCAGUUGGUCGUCCUGCCCUUCUGUCCAGAAAGUCCCAGGUAUCUGUUAAUAUCUAAACACAAAGAAGCCGAAGCCAAGUUAGCACUGGUUGCUAUACGAGGAACUAGUGACGUUGAUGAAGAUUUGGACGAAAUGAAGCAAGAGUCUAGGGCGCAAAGUCAAGAAGAAAAGGUGACAAUUCUAAAACUGUUCACAAGCCAAUCAUAUAGAAGGCCGCUUAUAAUCAGCAUGGUUAUGCAGCUGUCACAACAGUUGUCAGGAAUUAAUGGAGUCUUUUAUUACUCGGCUAACUUAUUCAAGAGUGCUGGCCUCAGCCCCAGCACUGCUACACAUGCGACCAGUGGGGUAGGAGGUGUCAUGGUGGUCAUGACCUUUGUAACAAUAUUUUUGAUGGACAGGGCUGGACGGAGGACUUUGCACCUGGUCGGCCUUGGUGGCAUGUUCAUCUUUAGCAUUUUAAUGACUUUGACUUUAUCUCUGAGUGAUAAAGUAGACUGGUUUACUGGUGGCAGUAUAGCUGUGUCACUUCUAUAUGUUGUCUUCUUUGCUGUGGGGCCAGGUUCAGUACCUUGGUUGAUAGUAGCUGAAUUGUUUAGCCAGGGCCCUCGGUCAGCUGCUAUGUCUGUCUCUGUAUUGGUGAACUGGAUUGCCAAUUUUCUUGUUGGAUUCUCAUUCCCACAUCUAAAGGAUGGCAUCAACGACUUCACCUUUCUACCAUUCACUGGCUUACUUCUUUUCUUUUGGAUCUUCACAUUUAUCUACGUGCCAGAGACCAAAAAUAAAACCUUCGAAGAGGUUGGGGCCAUGUUGAAGAGCAAUGGGGUUGGGGCCAAGAAACAGGCUGACAAUGAAGAGUCUCACCUAGUAAGAAACAAUAAGUCUUAAAAAUAUAUUUGCAUGACUGGCCUCAGGCACACUGUAUCAACCAUCCUACAUUAUUACAUAUUGCUUUUUUUUUUUUUUUGCCCCGCAAUUCACAUAAUGUUUAUGUUACAGUUUUUGCCAUGGCUUUUUGCCCAGUGUUUAUAUACAUUAUAUUGUUGAUCUCAGUACAGAUGUUUUGUUUGACCAUUCUUGUAUGUCCAGUGCUCCAAUAGAUUUGACCACAUCUUGUAUUCUGCCCAUACAUUUUCCUUUAAAAUGUAUUCUUCUAUUUAACUAUGUGGUGGUGGACUCUUUUAUUUCACUUAUUUCCUGAAACUUAAGGGGUUGAAGCUAGUUUCACUUAGAUAAAACAACAACAUCUGUUUAACUGAUAUAAACGUAGAUAAGUGUAAUGAGUUUUUUUUUUUUUUUUGCUUCUUUUUUAUACCAGUCCUUAAAAUGUUUUAAAUAUUUUUAAAUAAUAUGACAUCUGGAAAUGUAUUUUAUAAACUUUAAAUUUAACUUGUCCAAUCUUUGUUCAAUUAUGAAACUAAACUAAACUAAAAUGAAAAUGUAGACUAAUUUAUUAAGUGUUGUGAAGUAAGUAGUGUUUGCUCUAGGUUUGGGUAUUAAAAGCUUCCAUUUCCAGUUCUUUGGAUGUUUAGGUUUUUCUUAGUUUUAAAAUUCACUAUAGUCUUGUAAGUAAAAACAAAUAUCAUUCAGUCCUUUUAUUAGACUUUCAAAGGCAAAAUUGAGUGAUAUUUAGUUGUUAAUUCUAGUCUUCAUUUUUUUUUUAAAUCGUAAAAGUACAGCUUGUGAAGUUUUACUUGUAAUGUUUUCUUGCGUUUAUAAUUAUUUACACAUAUUCUUGAUUAAGUUAUAACCUUUUUUUAAAGUAGACAUUUAUCAAUUAAUUUUUUUUGCAUGCAUUUUUUUCAUACUAUUUUAUGUCUCUUAUUUGCUUUGAUAAACUUUUUGACUUUUUAGCUUUAUUCUUGGGAAACCUAACCCAAAAAAAGGCACUGUUAUCCAUUAAAAAAAUAUAAUUGUUAGACAAAGACAAUGUUUUAUUCAAAGAAGACUAAACUUCUUUUUAUUCACCAAUCACAACUUUCUUAUGAGUUUGAGUUUUUGGCACAUCGGCACACAUUAGAUAAUGUCGUGCCCCAACUUUCUUAUUCUUACUUCUUCUUACAACACCCCCCUCCUUCGCUUUGGUGUAUGGGGUGCCAACAAUAGAUUUCUUAGUACCCUCCUUUCCAUCUUGUUCCAGGUAUAAACCAAACUUUAAGGUAUUCACCUCAAGUUCACAAGAUCAGGUGCUUAAUGGACACCCUCUUGCCUUGUAGGUUCCACUUCUUGCCUUGAUGCUAGUUGGCAUUUUGGCAAUAUGUCUUUUAUCAAUAGCCAUUUGUUCUUCUCUGAUUUCUUCACUUUUUCUUUAUCUUAAGUGUUUAUAAUGUUGAAACUAUUCAUGUAAAUUAGCACAGACCAAAAAAAUUGUUGAUAAUUUAUUGAUUUGUCCAUUGGAAUACUAUAUCCCAUAGUCCCUAAUUGUUAAUGAAAGGGAUAUUUUUUGUCAUAUGUUGGCGAACGAAAAAUUGAUCACUGAAAAUCAAAGCUAUUUUACUAUGUUUUGUGAGGUUGUGAUUUUUACAAUGGUAUUCCAUGUAGCAUUUAAGAGAUCUACUUGCUUGUAUUCACAGAAAAGAGGCAGAUAAAACAUUUUUUUUUUGUUUUUAGGUUUCCCCUAAUUUUAAUUUACACAAAACCAAACUUAUUUGUUCUGUUAUGUGCCAGUUAAUCUGCGAUAGCAUGAAUUCAAAAAGCUUGUAUUCAAAGAGGUUGGAAAAUGUAAGCAUUAAUACUGCUGUGAGCCAGUUUCAUGCAAAAGUAAAUCCAAAGUUCAAAUUGGCAAACUUCAAAGUUUAUGAUCCUGCAAAAAUAGAAAUAGUUUCAAUUUUUUCCCGCUUAAAACAAAAUUCAUGUUUACUCUUAAAUAUUAACUUUCUCCAAACCAUUUUUAAAACUCCAAAUAAUUACAAGAAAAUGACAUUUCUGUAUGCCAGAAGUGUAUACAGUAGCUACUUUAAAACAAAAAAUAAGCUGAACACAGUUUUAUUUUAUACAAGACAUUUAGGGAGCUGGUUUUUAGUUUAUUGUUCAGUCAAAGAAAGUGCUCUAUGGUAUUUAUUUGUAGGUUGUAUGGAAGUGAUUCAUAGCUUCUAGUACCAGCUUUUUUAUUUUAGUACCGGUAUUAUGCGUUAAAUCUCUUUAUCAUUGUGAAAAAAAAUUUAAGUUUUGAUUUGUUUCAGGACCAACAUUGGGACAUGUAACAGUGAAAGAUAACUUUGCUCAAUUAUUGCUAGUUUUUUUGUUUUUUGUGCAAUGAUUCAAAAUCAGUUGGACACAAGUCUCUUUUAUAUUGUAUUUAUGUUACACAGCAUCUCUUUCCCUUUGGUUGAUGUAGAUAGACAAUUGGUGUGUACAACUGAGACCAUUGGUUAUAGUAGGCCUCAGCACUCACCUAGACAAUUGGUGUGUACAACUGAGUAGGCCUCAGCACUGACCUUCAUUGUCACAACCUGUCAGCAGUGUAGACCAGUAGGUCAUUGCCAUGUUGUACAGCCCUGUGACAUAGCAACAAGUUUUCAGCUUAGAAUUGAGUAUCUGCGAGACUUUGUAGCCACUGGGAUACAGUUUGGUGACAGAUUACUAAAUAGGCUAGGAGCCUCUACCCUCACUGGCUGGAGAGUACUCAGGCACAAGGAUGGUUUCUGACCAUCGAAAGGAAUAAACAGAUUUUGGUGCAAACUUAUAAAGUCAAGUCCAAGAAUGACGUUGGAGCACAAAUUGUCUAGUAGAGAAAGUUUAACUCCUUCGUAUCGUUCAUUUUUGAGUUGUAUGCUAGUGUAGAUAUGUCCUUGAGUGAUUCGAGACAGGUGGGUGGAAGUCAUAAAGAUUCUGUUCCCUAUAUUUGUGCAGCAAUGUGCUUCGAAAUAUAGCUUUCACAGCUCCCAGUGUCUACUAGGGCUUUCAAUUGCACGUUGUUGAUGAAAAUGGGUAUCAUAGAUUUGUUUAAACUCAAAUGCUGCACAGUAGUGAUAGCCGACACUGUUGAAGAUUUCGAUUUGCAUACUCUUUGAAAAUGACCCAUUUUGAAGCACUGAUUGCAUGUCGCUUCCCUUGCAGGGCAUUGAGAGCGGGGAUGCUUAACCCUGCCGCAAAAGUAACACUUUCUAGCUAAUGCAUUUACUUCAUGUGUGUGUGAGUUGCUUGCACUUUGAGGAAUCGUUACAUUUGGCGAGGGUGUAGCCAAAGAAUUGGUGAGAGUAGUUGCCGCGCAAUUAGUUUCUGGCUGUGAUGAUUCAUACUGUAAUGAGUGCUGAUGAGCAUGUUCUAGUACGCGAGCCUCCUUGAAGGCAUCCUUUAAACUCAAAACAGUCUAUUCAAGUAAAUGUUUUCAAAUGCUGUUGGAAACUAGUCCAUUGAUAAACGAAUCUCUAAUAGCCUCUUCUUGGUGUAGUUCAGCAGUCACCGCUUUGAAGUUGCAAUCUUUAGAUAGAAUUCUUAAUUUCUGCAUGUAGGCGUCUAUCGUUUGACCUUGCUCUUGUUUUCAAGUAGCUAACCUGUGCCUAGCAAACACCUCAUUCUUUGGUUGAAUGUAGAUGCUGUUUAGAGUCUGGAUUGCUUCAUCAAAUGUCUCUUUAUCAAGUAUCAUUUGGUAUACAGCAGAAGAGAUAUAGUUUAUCAGUAGUUUCUUUGUAUCAAGAUUAUCUACAGAUACUACUGAUACAAAAUUUUAAAAAGUUUCAUAUCAGUGCUGCCAAUGCUCUGCUACUUGGGGUGCUGUGGGCUCGAUGUCAAACUUCUCUGGCCGAAAUAUCCUAUCCAUUUCAAAAUUCUUACAACUUCACAGUUUUGAUUCAGUGUAUUAAAUUGUUAUGAACAUAAUGAUAACAGAGUCGAAAACCAUGUCCGCUUUGAAUGGCUUUAAUACACUGAAUGACUAUACAACACACAUUUCGUGAACACAUUCUUACAGACGAGUUACAAGCACAUGUAAACAUAAGAACGACAACCGAUACAACAUAUAAUAUUCAUAACAGGUCAUUAAUAGGUUUUGGUAUUAGAAUAAAUUUCCUCUAGUUUAUAUACGAGAGGACGUUUCUAUUAUUAUAAUAUGCAGUCAUAUUAGCGCAAAUAAUUCACGAUGAACUGACAAUUAUCCUCAAAUGUAAAAGAUAAUUCCUUAUACACAAGGCUAGGUUCUAAUUUUAAAAAAGAAAAAAUCAAAAUCUAUAAAAACAAGUUUGAGGGGGUUGCAUUCAAUCAGUCUACUUGUAUUGGCGCUUACUGAACAAAAGAAGGCAGAGAAAGAUGAAAAGAAGGCUAAUUUUAGUUGGUUCAGGGACAGAGGCCUAUUCUGUUCUCUCUCUUUUGUCCUGUUUUUCUAAGGGUAGGAUUUGAUGAAUGUAUUUUUUGUAACGGUGGUUUGGACUUCCAGACCUAGCCAUUGCUUUUUGUAACUGCACUCAUUUGUAGGCUUAAGAACUUUCAAAUAAACAUUUGUACCAACAAAAUCAACAUUGUAUCACUACUAAUUUAAUAGUAUAAUACAUUUAUGGAAUAACAUUUGUCAUGAUAUCUAUAAAAUUAAAUAUGUACCUUUUUUUUUCCAGUGAAAUCAACUCAUGAAAUAAAAAAAAUAAAAUCAAUGACAGAGUAAACACUGAUCUCAGAGGGUUUUUUUUUUUUUUGUGAGGAAUCCAAGUCCUAUCAUUGUCUUAGUCCCUCAAUUGUAGAAGUUGUUUCAAAUACAAGUAGUUUCCUAACCCCUCCCUCUCCACCCACAGUUUUGUCCCUUUUUUCACUUAAGUGAAUUGCAACCAUUAAAUUGCUUCCACUGUAUCCUUUUUUGGAUUAAGAAAAAUUGCAAACUUUUUUUUUUUUUUUUUUGAACCAGUAGAAACUUGUAUGUCUUGUUACAGAUCCAGACACUUAAUCUUUGUCAUGGUAGCCCUAAGGCUUGUUACUUUACAAUGCAAUCGUGACUAAAUGUAAAAAUAUUUGGCAGACCUUACACUUAUCAUGUCCAAUUGAUUGAAGCCUUUUUUUUUUUAAAAGGUUGUUUCAACAAUGAAAGAAAAAAAUUAAAAUAUUCAGUUGUGUUAAUUUUUUUUUUCUAAUAAUGAAAAACAAAGAAACGCAAUAAGAAUUUAUUGAUCUACUUAAAUAUCUUACAAAGAUAUUAUACAUUAGUAAAACAUUCAGAUUGUAUUUUAUAAUUAUGUACAUACAGGUGUGGACUCUGAAAUUUUUUAUAAAAUUGUCUAAGAUUUUUGGUAUAACAUAUUAUUGUAAGUAUUGUGAAAUGUGACUUUUAAUUGUAGACGUUAUUUCAACUUUGUUUUAACUUACCAGUCAGUAUACGGCACUGUGAAAUAAGUGUAAACUAAUUGAAAGUCAUUAUUUUUAAAUUGUAUUUAUUUUCACUCACUGGCACCAAUGUAAUGUGUAUUUAAAGAUUUUAUCUUACAAAGCAUUAUAAAAAGUUAUAAUUUGUUGAUAAGUAGUGUUCAAAGCUUUACUUUGGUGAAAUCAAGGUUUUUCAUACAUUACAUUAAGUCUGGUGUCAGACGAAGUUGAGCAAAAAAAAAUUUUGUUAAAAAUCAGAAUGAAUAUAAAUUGGGAGGUAUUUUUUCAGUCCACAGUUGCUAUCUUCUAAUAUGAAAUAAACUGAUCAGCUGGUGAUUUAAUCCACCAUGGGUUUUUUUAUACCUUUUUUUUUUAAUGUUUAUGGUGGAAGAUAACUUUAAUUUUAAAAAAAUUCUUUUUCAUGUAAGUUUGUGUUCAUAUUGUUAUUUCAUUGUAAACAAAAUGUUUGUGUUUCUCAGUUGCGUUGAAAAGUUAUAUACUUACUAUAACAUAUAUACAAUAUUCAUAUUUAGUGACAUUUUGAUUUUUAGUGAAUGGUAAAUUAUUAUACUUAUCUUUGUGAUGGAUCAUUCAUUUUUGUUGUUCAAAUUAUUUUUUUUUUUGUAAAUAAAUAUAAUUAAUUUUUUAUGUUAAUUGUAAAUUGUUUUAGCUGGCCUGUUUGCUAAAUUAGUAAAUGUAGGCUUAAAACAUUGUUUGCAAAUACAAUCAAAGUCAUUCCUUCAAAGUAUACUCUGAGCAUUUCUAAAUGAAGGAGAGAAAUAUUAAAAUAUUUUAAUGUAACAUUUAUCUGCUGCCAAGCCUACUGGUAUAAUGUCAUUGUUUCUCUUCAGUCACUGACAUACCAAAAAAAAGUUCAUGUCAAUAGGUAAUAUGUACAAUACUGUAUUUAUAAAUGCUUGCUAAUUUUGUAUGUUAUGUCCUAAUGGAUUAAAUUUCUAUGAGCUAUUGAUAAAAUUUCUAUGAGUCUGUGUACUGUGUGUACUGUUAUCAUCUGACUUUUUGGAUCAGAAGUUCAUUUGAAAUAAAAUAUUUUUUGGCCACAAAGCAUGACAAUAAAACAACGGAGUCAUUUGAUAAAUUAGACCAAAAUGUAAUCAACAUGACAAAAUAAUGUAAUAUCUGUUUAACUUUUACUUGAAACUGUUUUUCUUUGUUUGUUGUUGUAAUAACAAAAACCUAUCAAAUUUAUUAUGAAAAAUAAACAAUGAUGAAAUUAGUUUUGGCUAAAGGUUGUCUUUAUAAUAAGUGCUGUGUGGUAAGGCUUCAGAUUGUCAACUCAGCAGUCUUUGAUUCAAAUCCUACUGCUGUCAUUUUGAUCUCAGAUUACAUUAUAUUCAACUUUGUCGGUAAACGAGAAUGGACAAAGACAAAAACAAUUAACUAUUUUAGUCUGUGGGGAAUCAACUUAAAAUGGGUGGAUAUUUCAUUGAUUGUUCUAAGUGUCAAUCUUAAUAAAGUUUUGUAAUGGCAA